GUGCCGACCAACCAGAGCGCUGGAGGGUGGGGCCGUACGGCGGGGCUGGCCAAUGGGAGGCAUGGGCGUGUCCGCAGCGGGAGGGGCGGGGCCUGGCGGCGGCGGAGGGCGCGGAGCGGCACCGGCCGGGCCCGAGAGUCCCUAAGGAUGAAUGGCUCCGAGCUCGCCAGCACCACGGCGUCCAACCCCAAAUCCAAGGAGGAUCCGGUUGGGAAUGGGCACGAGGAGAAGGAGAACAACCCCUUUGCUGAGUACAUGUGGAUGGAGAACGAGGAGGACUUCAACCGGCAGGUGGAGGAGGAGCUGCAGGAGCAGGAAUUCCUGGAUCGCUGCUUCCAGGAGAUGCUGGAGGAGGAGGACCAGGAUUGGUUCAUCCCGGCGCGGGAUCUUCCCCAGGGAAUGGGGCAGCUCCAGCAGCAGCUCCACGGCCUCUCCGUGGGCGACGGGCACGGAUCCGAGGACAUCCUGAGCAAAAGCAACUUGAAUCCAGAUGCCAAGGAAUUCGUUCCCGGAGUGAAGUACUGACCUCGGAAAUUCGGGAAUGGCCUGGCCAGAGACUGAUUCCCUGCUCCAGGGAAAAGUUGGGACACGGGAAGAGCCCGGAGCGGCUCCAGCACCGGGAUCUGCUCCAGCUCCAAGUACUUCUGGUUUUCCCUAUUUUUUUUUUUCUUUUCCUGGCUUUUCCUCACUUUUUCUUGGCAGAUUUUGGCUUCCAGGGAUUUGCGGUGACGCCGCCAGCAGGAAAAUCUUGGGAAAAAUCAUGGAAAAAUCGUGGGAAAAUCACUGCAAAAUAAUGAGAAAAUCUUGGGAAAAAUAAUGGAAAAAUGAUGGGAAAAUCAUUGCAAAAUCAUGGAAAAAUCUUGGAGGAAAUAAUGGAAAAAUCAUGGGAAAAUCACAGCAAAAUCGUGGAAAUACCUUGGAGGAAAUAAUGGAAAAAUCAAGGAAAGAUUGCAGGAAAAUCGUGGGAAAAUCUUGGGGAAAAUAAUGGGAAAAUCAUGAGAAAAGCAUGGAAAAAUCGUGGGGAAUCAAUCCUGGGAAAAUCAGGUUUUCCUGCUUUUGGGGUUGGGAGCUGCACUGGAUUUUCCCUGAUUUUCUGGAGUGGAAUUUUCCCUGGUUUUUCUGGAAUGGGAUUUUUCCCCUGCUGGAAGUGAAGGGUUCCAAGGUGCAAUCCUGAAAUUCCUCCCUAUGGAAGCUGAGCAGGGGGAUCCUGCCAAUUCCAGAGGUUUUUAGGGAAACCUGGAUUUCCCCAAAUUCCUCUUCCCCUUAAGGAAUUCCUCAGCUCAUCCAACACUACAGCCCUCAUUCCUCAGGGGUGAAAAUCCAAGGAAAACUGAAUUCCCGGGAAAAGAGAGGGAUCCUCUGUUGGCACGAGGGGUGUUUUGGGAUGUGGUGGGAAUAUCCUGGUGCUGAUCCCUUUUCCAAGGAUCCUGGGGUGGGAUCCGUGUCUCCAUCAGAAUUUGAUCCUGGGAAUUUCCUUUCCAAUCCAUGGGAGCUGCAAGUCCCUGAAUCCCAGCCAUUCCCAAGGUUCUAAAAGGGUCAGAAAUCCAAGGAAAUCAGGAGCUCCUUGGGGCUGGGAAUCCCUGUCCAAGGAAAUCAGGAACUCCUUGGGAUUGGGAAUCUCUAUCCAAAGAAACCAGGAAAUUUUGGGGAUUGGAAAUCCCUGUCCAGGGAGAGCAGGAGCUUCCAAAGGUCAGAAACCCUGUCCAGGGAAAUAAGGAAUUAUUUGGGAUUGGGAAUCCCUCUCCAGGAAAAGUGGGAGCUUCCCAAGGUCAGAAAUCCCUAUCCAAGGAAAUCAGAAGUUCCUUGGGAUUGGGAAUCCCUAUCUAGGGAAUGCAGGAGCUCCUUGGGAUGGAAAUCCCUAUCCAAGGAGAGCAGGAGUUUUUUGGGGUUGGGAAUGCCUAUCCAGAGAAAUGGGGAAUGUUUUGGGAUUGGAAAUCCCUACAGAGGAAAAAUAGGAGCUCCCUGGGGUCGGGAAUCCUCAUCCAAGGAAAUCGGGAACUUCCUGGAAUUGGGAAUCUCUGUCCAAGGAGAGCAGGAGCUUCCCAAGGUCAGAAACCCUGCCCAGGGAAAUAAGGAAUUAUUUGGGAUUGGGAAUCCCUCUCCAAGAAAAGUGGGAGCUUCCCAAGGUCAGAAAUCCCUAUCCAAGGAAGUCAGGAUAUUUUUGGGAUUGGGAAUGUCUGCCUGGAGAAAGUAGGAGCUCUUUGGGAUUGGGAAUCCCUAUCCAAGGAAAUCAGGAGUUCCUUGGGAUUGGGAAUCCCUGUCCAAGGAGAGCAGGAGCUUCUCAAGGUCAGAAACCCUAUCCAAGGAAACCAGGAGUUUUUUGGGAUUGGGAAUCCCUAUCCAGGGAAAUGGGGAAUGUUUUGGGAUUGGAAAUCCCUACAGAGGAAAACCAGGAGCUCUUUGAGGUCAGGAAUUCCUAUCCAAGGAAAUCAGAGGCUUUUUGGGAUUGGGAAUCCCUAUCCAAGGAAAUCAGGAGCUCCUCAGGGCCAGAAAUCCCUGUCCAGCGAAAUCAGGAACUUUUUGGGAUUGGGAAUGUCUGCCUGGAGAAAGUAGGAGCUCUUUGGGAUUGGGAAUCCCUAUCCAGGGAAAGCAGGAGCCUCCCAGGGUUACAAACCCCUAUCCCUGGAUAACGGGACCUUCUCGGGGUCCUGGAGGAGCCAGGAGCAUUCCAGGCUCCUUUUCCAGGGAAUGUGGGAGCAGCUGGGCCGGGGCAGCCUGGGAAAGCAGCACCACCAGCCCCAUUCCUGCUGCUCAUCCGUGAAAUUCCCCAUUCCCUGAGCGCAGCACUCGAUGGAUCAGCGGGAUCGGGGCCGCCGGAGCGUGAACAGGGCUGAGCUCAUGGAAUUCCCGCCGCUUCCCGCUUUUCCCAGCCCCUCUGGAAGCAGCGGCCCCAUGGAAACCCCGCCCCACAAACCCCACCUGGGGCCGGUUUUGGCGGGAUCCAUCCCCUGGGGCCAUCCCACCUUUUCCCCUCCUCUUUUUCCCGGUUUUCCUUGGAUUUCUCCCCCAGUUCCCUUCCUUUCCCCCCCCCACCCCCCCCAGCGCUGUAAAUUUUGAACGAGGUGUUAUCCCAAAUAAACUUUUUUUGGAAGGGA